CUACGAGCCGCGAGGGGGGUCCUUUUUAGUGCGUUUCCGUUUGACCUUCUUCCGCCCUGCAGUUUUGCUUCGGUCGGGCGCUGCGGAGAGCGGGGGUGACGCAUUUGUGGGGUUCGGAUGUGGUGGUGGAGAUUCCUUGGUUAAGUUACUGUGCGGAAGCGAGAAUUUUGUUUCCAGUUGCGCCUUCUUCUUUCACUUCUCACCUCACCCCCGGAGCCUGCGGAGUGAAACUUUAUCCCUAUUGCUGGGGGGGAGGCUCCGCGUAUCAUAGAGUCGUGUUGUGCCCCGGAGCCAUUGUCUCCCUCCCCCGCCAGUCAGUGUGUGCUGUACCCGCAGCUCGGUGCUCUCAGGAACCCGCAUGUCACCGCUGGUCUGUGUGCGCAGCACCCCGAGGCCCGUCUGACAUCUACCCUCCCCCAUUUUGGAUUUAACUGGGACCUUGUGACUCUCAAUAUCGCCUGGCCUUGUCCCAUCAACUCCUGCCGAGAUGUCCAGCUCUGUCCCAGCCGAUAUGAUAAAUUUGCGCUUAAUCUUAGUAAGCGGGAAGACAAAAGAGUUCCUGUACUCACCGAAUGAUUCGGCAGCAGAUAUUGCUAAGCACGUAUAUGAUAAUUGGCCCAUGGAUUGGGAGGAGGAACAAGUCAGCAGUCCAAAUAUACUUCGGCUUAUAUAUCAAGGACGGUUUCUUCACGGCAAUGUGACUUUAGGAGCCUUAAAACUUCCCCUUGGCAAGACAACGGUGAUGCACUUGGUCGCUAGAGAGACAUUGCCAGAGCCAAACUCUCAAGGUCAGAGAAACCGCGAGAAGACCGGGGAGAGCAAUUGCUGUGUAAUCCUGUAAAUCCCGAUGUGUCUGCAAAGUGUGAUGUAAUAUAGUCUUUGUCUUUCAUGCUGCUGGAAUAAAGGAGACCAUUGCUUCCCAGAUCCUUAGAACAACAAUAACACCAACCCGUCCUUCUCUCCAUGGACCUUAGACAUGACCAGAACUCUUUUUCUCAAGAGAUCCAGAACACUUUUUAUUUCCUCGCAGAGUAACUUUGUAAUAUGUUGUAGUAUUUUUCAUUUCUGAAUGCGUUCAGUCUCCUUGGCGAGUGGGGAAAGUCAAUAGGUUCACUAAUAACGAUAUCGUUCUUGCUGCAUCAGGAAAAAAAAAGUCUUCAGUGGAUUUAGGCUCAGGUCGCACUAUUAAACGGAGAAAUAAUUGUAGCUAUACACAAUCUGACAAUACAGAGUUCUACACUGGAUACCGUAGCGAGCACAGACUGAAAAGCAAAGUAUUAGUAACAUGACUCCUACCCCUACACACAGAGUAGGUGGAGACGGCUGUUCCUAAGUUUAUUUCUAAAGGGGAAGAAAAAAAACAAAAUGUGCCUGUAAACUGAAAGCGCUCUGCAGAGGACUUAGUAGGAGUAGUUGACGGUUUGCUGCACUCUUAUGCGACAGUUGCAUGCAGGUCCAUACCAAGCAAGCGAGCGAGGAGAGUGCCUUUCCUAGCCUUAAUGUGGGAGGGGUCAGUUUUCCUGUAUUGCAUACACCUUUAUUAUUCAUGAACUAAUCAACUUUGUGUUUUAAUAUCCAGCGUUGAUGUUUUUCCAGUACUAAAUACUCAUGCGCCACCUAGCAACCGGCUCCACGCUGACUUCAUUUGAGCAGUAAGUGAAUUAACGGCAGAUCCUCGGCCGUAGCACCAGUUCCGUUUCCUCCUGUAAUCCGCAUUCAUACCAGUGCUUGCAACAACGUUAACUCUCCCAGCAGACGGAAGAUGCCAUUUUUCUCAUUUCACAGAAAAAUGCUAAGAGAAAUUUGCACAGCAUUAAAAAAAGCAUGAAGCGACUUUCAUUAAAAA